AUGCAAGACUUCAACCUGCGGCCAAAGAUGCGCCACACGUGUGGCCGGUCCACGUGUCACGCCGACGGGCCGACACUGCGCUGCGCGCGGUGCAAGGUCCAGCACUACUGCUCCCGCACCUGCCAAGCAGAGGCCUGGCCUGCCCACCGGACUGCCUGCGGCCAUAUGGUCGUCGCGUCUGCCUGGCAGGCCCUCGAGGCCGCGUGGUGGACCCAGCUCCCCGUAUCUGUGCGCCAAGCGCUCGAAGCCGACGGACAUACGAUCGCCUCCAUGGCAUUCUUUGGCGAAGUCUACUUUGUCUUGGCCGGCCUCAAGCCCUGCGUCGUGCUCACGGGCGUGCCCACGCCUUGGAAAGACCACUUCCUCGAGCACGUAGUACGCCCCAGCGGCGUCCUCGACGUGCCCAACGUGCAACUCGCGUCGUCCGGCAGCGUCUACACGCACGCGUUCGACUUGUCGAACCACCUCGUGCUGCUCCACACGAUACAUCCGCUGUACGCCGAGGCCAGCGCGCUCCUCUGCGUCGGGACACCACUCACCGCACCGACCUUGGUCACCGAGUCGCAGGUUGCUCGUAUCCUCGACUACCCCGUCGGCCUCGACGAGUGCGCGGUCGGCACGAUGAUUGAAGUCGCGUAUUUUAGCCACGAUACGCUUCUAACGACGUUCUGCGCGCUCGACACGCCAGCACACCGACGCCUCAUCAACGCCCACUUCCAGCGCUACCAAGCAGCCCUCGGGACGAUGCUACCGCUGCGCAUCGAGGCCGUCGUCGUGUCGUCGUGA